CAAACGAAUUGCAGGUGAUCGUUUGUCAUGAGCGUAAAUUGUGUGCGUCACGGAGCGGCUCUGUCCCACCCUGCGGGAUGCUGCGUACCGCUCCGCCCCCCCCCCCCCCCCCCCAUCUCCUUCCCCCAUCCUCCCUCCUUUCAGUCAUCCACCCGCCUCACUCAUAAAGGCACACAGUGGAUGCACUACCCACGCGACUCCUUUUCGGCAGUUUAAUACAGAUGCGUGGAUAUUUCUGACAUCGGCAAAAGACGACCGGACUGAGGCCAAAACAAAGACGAGACACGUCUGUCAAUUUUCAGCAUCUCCCUCAUAGCGCCAUCUUCUUUCCAAAAGCUUUUUAAAGACUCACUUCCCGUACGAGUCUCCGACGACCCCCGCCCCCAGCCCCCCUCCCAACCUUCGGCCUCCCCGAUGCCUAAAAACAGCAAGGUGACGCAGCGCGAGCAAAGCCAUGAGCACGUCACGGAGUCGGUGGCUGACCUGCUCGCCCACGAGGAGCCGCUGGACUACAAGAACAGCUCCCUGAACGUCGGCGCCGCGGCCGGAAAGAAAGUGCCCCAGAUAGAGGUGCCGGAAAAUGAUGGACGCCCUGCCUGGAACAGCAAGCUGCAGUACAUCCUGGCGCAGGUGGGCUUCUCUGUAGGCCUGGGGAACGUGUGGCGCUUCCCCUACCUGUGCCAAAAGAAUGGAGGAGGUGCUUAUCUCGUCCCAUACUUCAUUCUACUGCUUGUCAUCGGCAUCCCGCUCUUCUUCCUGGAGCUGGCGGUGGGCCAGAAGAUCCGACGUGGGAGUAUUGGGGUGUGGAAUUACGUGUGCCCACGUCUUGGCGGGAUCGGAAUGUCGAGUUUGAUGGUGUGCGGCUUUGUGGGGCUCUACUAUAAUGUGAUUAUAGGCUGGAGCAUCUUCUACUUCUUCCAGUCCUUUCAGUAUCCUCUGCCAUGGAGUGACUGUCCUAUCAGGAAGAAUGGGACGUUUGCCAUCGUGGAGCCGGAGUGCGAGAAGAGCUCAGCCACCACUUACUUUUGGUACCGCCAGACCCUGAACACGACCAGCACCAUCGCAGAGAGCGGCGGUCUUAAUGUGAAAAUGACUUUAUCUCUGCUGGCCGCCUGGAUCAUCGUCUGCCUAGCCGUCAUCAAAGGGAUCGCCUCUUCUGGGAAGGUGAUGUACUUCAGCUCUCUUUUCCCCUACGUGGUGCUCUUUUGCUUCCUGGUCAGAGGGUUGAUGCUGAAGGGAUCUGUGGAUGGCAUCGCUCACAUGUUCACUCCAAAGCUGGAGAAGAUGCUGGAGCCCCAGGUGUGGAGAGAGGCGGCCACCCAGGUGUUCUUUGCUUUGGGUCUGGGCUUCGGUGGUGUCAUCGCCUUCUCCAGCUACAACAAGAUAGACAACAACUGUCACUUUGACGCCGUGCUCGUCUCCUUCAUCAACUUCCUCACAUCCAUUCUGGCUACGCUGGUGGUGUUUGCCGUCCUGGGUUUCAAGGCCAACAUCAUGAACGAGAAGUGUGUCGUGGACAAUGCUGAGAAGAUUGUCGGAUACCUCAACUCAAAUGUGCUGAGUCAUGAUCUGAUCCCCCCGCACGUCAACUUCUCCCACCUAACCACCUCUGACUAUGCCGAGAUGUAUCAGGUCAUCAAGACUGUGAAAGAGGAUAGUUUCUCCAGACUGGGUCUGGAUCCCUGCAUCCUGGAAGACGAGCUCAACAAAGCUGUUCAGGGAACCGGUUUGGCUUUCAUCGCUUUCACGGAGGCCAUGACACAUUUCCCUGCUUCGCCAUUCUGGUCUGUCAUGUUCUUCUUCAUGCUCAUCAACCUCGGACUGGGUAGCAUGAUCGGCACCAUGACGGGCAUCACCACGCCUGUCCUUGAUGCCUACAAGGUCCAAAAGGAGCUUUUUACAGUGUGUUGCUGCAUUGUGGCCUUCCUGUGCGGUCUGCUGUUUGUUCAGCGCUCAGGGAAUUACUUUGUCACCAUGUUCGACGACUAUUCUGCCGGCCUGCCUCUCACUGUGGUGGUCAUCCUGGAAAAUAUAUCGGUGGCUUGGAUUUAUGGCACUAAAAGAUUCAUGCAGGAUUUGGAAGACAUGUUGGGUUUCCGGCCGAACAUUAUCUACUUCUACUUGUGGAAGUACGUCUCCCCGAUCUGCCUCAUUGUGCUCAUCUCGGCCUCUGUCAUAGAGAUGGCUUUCAGCCCACCUGGAUACAACGCGUGGGUUGAAGAACUGGCUCAGGAGCGCUUCCAGAGCUACCCCCCGUGGGCAUUAGUCAUGUGCUUUGCUCUCAUCGUGGUAGCCAUGCUUCCCCUCCCCAUCGUCUUCAUCGCCCGUCACUUCAACCUGAUGUCGGACGGCUCCAACAAGCUGUCCGUCUCCUACCGGAAGAGCAUGAUGAAAGACAUCUCCAACCUGGAGGAGCAGGACGAGUCCAGGUUCAUCCUUGGCGCCAAACCCGGCGAAGCGCCUGCAUCACUGGCGGCGCGCAAAGCCUAUCUGGCUCCCGGUGGGAACAAAACCCUGGACCCCAACUCCUUGUCUCCUAAAAGCUGCUAUGGUACCGGCUACCAAAAUGCCGCCAUCAGCCCUACCACACCGACCACUCCUACAACACCCGAGUCUGACUUUUGACUGUAUCACCCAUUAGUCAGGUUUACCAUCAGGGGUGCAAGAAUCCCCACCACUGCCCUCCCAAAAGCACAUUUUCAUAGCUGCAAAAUCACUGAAUUCAUGCACUUAAGAUGUUAUUUCCUUUGCCUUAGUAAAAGGAACCUUGGACUUUACUGAGGCACCACUCUCUAGUACAGAGGCAAAGGGCCCCCAGGCAAAGUCUGUCUUGAAUUUGUGCUGCAACACAGACACAUUGAUCAAUGCAGUAUUGUCAGUGAGUGUGUACGUGCUCGCACCUCUGAAUCUACAAAAAUUGUAUAUACCUGUAUUUGUAAAGCUCUCAUCGUGUAUCCUAAACUACUUAGCUCUCACUAACUGCACUUCCUCAAAUAGUGGCCGCACCAGUGUUUGUAGCCACAGCACAUUUUCCUUUAGAAAAAUCUCAAGGCACCCCCCCCCCAAAAAAAGCAAAAAUGUAUACUUUGUGAAGUAAAGAUGAUCUUGCAUCAAUUUCCAAACAAAUUCACCUAGUGUGAAAUUUUAACUUUCUCCCAUCUCAUGGAGGAGCGUACUGUUGUACUGCCUGUCAGAUGAUGCUGGAAAAUAUAAAUGAAAAAAAAGCCAUUAUUUGUAAUCAAUAAAAUCUGAUCAUUAACCGCACUACAGCACACGGCAUUUAACUACUCAACUGCGGAAGGUUUCAAGCAGUUACAGGAAAGUUUACGAUGGCACCAAAAACAUUUGGAGGUUACGAAGGACACGCAAUGAAUUAGGUUGGCAGCAGAUUAAUAAGAUGUCAUCACAUGGCAGGAGAAGGUACUGGUAGUAGGGCUAAGCCGUUUAUAAGGGAGGAUAAAUUCAUGUAAUUUAUUUGAUGCUUACAUUGAAAUGGAUUGAUUGUUAAAGUAGAGGCCACUAUUUGACGAACUACAGUAUUUCAUAUCACUCUCCUGUGUCCAGUCUAAUGUUCAAAGCGGAGGUAGGGACCUACUGUAGGAUAAUGUACGCUAAUGUAGUUUGCGUUAUCAUCUCAUCCACUAAACUGCAUCAUCGUAAGAAUUCAUUAAUUCCAUUCUACACACCAAAGAAUUUCAAGCACACAGUAAAACACUUGAAAUGUGAAUGUUUAAAGUGCGCUACAAACGCACUCAAGAUUUUCCAGUUAACUGCACAAAAAUGCAUAGAUGAGGUUCUCAAAGCACCGAUUUUUGCUUUCUAAUUCAAAUAUGAGGUACAAUAAAUUAUUCAGCGUAGUCGCUGACCUGUGGUUGCAGCACUGUGUGUACAAAACACGCACAAUCAAUGCUCGGUGCAGACACAGCAAGGCAGUUACCGCAACACAAAUUCUACUCAAUGUCAACUAAAACCUAUUCAGUGCACAACAAAUAUCAACACUUCAAGCGACAACUCCAAUCUGUUGCAAACGUAUUACAUUUGUCACGAAAUAGCACAAACAUGUCAAGUGUGAAUGGCAAAGACGGCUGUUUGAUUUCUGUACACACUGCUUGUGCAUAAGUGAUGAUUGCAACCAACCACACUUAAGCUUCUGUUACAGAUAUUUUAUUUUCUUAACUCAUAUUUAAUCAAAGCUGCGCUAUUAUGGAAAGGAUUAUAUUUAUAUUACUGUAUAUUUGUGGCAUAUAUAGAUGUAAUCAAUUAAUAUCUUAGGCGAGAUAUAUUUUCAUCUUAAUUGUACAUUUAAAACUAUUUUGUAGUUUGUGUCGAUGUUGUUGGCUGGUGGAAGUGAUGUCCGUCGCACUCAGACCUAACAUGACCUUUUCCAUCGAGAGAAAAAUCCAAGAAAGGCAAAGAUUGUAUUUACUUGUGCCAUCCAUUGUUUAUGUUCCAGUGUGUGGUUAUAGUGAAGAUAGUCUCACGGGGCACAUUUAUGUGGCGAAAAGAAAAUUAUUUUGCAUCUCAUUUUACUCUACGCUUUGCAAGUGUGGAAAAGACAGAUCGCAAACGUUCUUGCAAUAAUGUGAAUACUGACAUGUAAACGUUUCUUUUCCGAAUACUGAUUUUAUCGGGAGACAUAUCACUGUCUAUCGCAUAUCAGACAAGUGUGGCAUCGUAGAAUGUUAAGAAUACACAAGGAGAUCCAAGCAGUUACUAUGUUUUAUGUUGUCUUCAUAGAGGUCUGUGCACAUGUAAUAACUAAACUGCAGAAUAAAUGUGGCUAAGGAGAAAUUGAUAUACAGCUAAAUUGAUAUCCUUUACUUACAUAUGCUCCAGUUUGUGUGUGUGUGUGUGCGUGCGUGUGUGUGCGGCAGGGUCUUUCUGAGCACAUCUCCUUCCAUUCCCCUCAGUGAUGAUUGUAUUAUGAACACAACUGUACAAAGAAAGUGUGUUUUUCUGUAAAAAAAUACAAAUAAAUAUUAGUGAUUGUUGAAGGACCA